AUGCCCUCAAUACGCCUCCAUCCCAGGCCCUCCGCGCCUACACCAAACUACUCCAAUACAUCCUCACAGCCAAUCCACAACCCACUCCCGCCCCUCCUCCAAACCCCCACAGGCCUCGCCCUCCUCGAACUCCAAGGCACAAUCAACCUACCCACCCUCCCCGACUCCAACUCCAACUCGCACGACUCCUCCUCAUCACCCUCAGGGCCAGAAUCAGAAUCAGAUUCCUCCUUCGAAACCCCCGUCGGCAAACUCAUAUUCCCGGACUACACAGCCCACACCGCACCCGAGGAUACCAAGUGGAUGAAGCGCGCUUAUCUCUAUGUUGGGCGGUACCAGCGCAUGACCGGCGAAGUGAAGAAGCUGCCACGGCCCAUUGCAGUGGUGCAGAAGCGGACGGGCACUGGCGUGGAGCAGGAAGAGCUGGAGGUGGUCGAGGUGGUGCGGUUUAAGAUUGUUUUUCAGAGUCGACCGGAGCCCGUGAAUGAUGUGUGA